AUGUUGCUGUGUGCAGACGAGCGGACGACCGGGUGCAGCCGAAGAGAGAAACGACAGGCCCUCGCAGGAAGCUUCUCAAAGGCCAUUAUGUACUGUGGCACGAGCAGCUCUUCUUGUAGCUGUUGUCAUUGGCGUUCCUCCUUCUUCAAGAUCUUCCCACGGUCACCAAUCAUUCCCAUUUUUGUACUUUUCCUCCUUGUUCCUUCUCCCUUCUUUUGUCGGGCUAGUUCAUUGGAAACCGCCACCGUCCGCACCACGAAUCAGACUUCCCAACCUGGGGAUGAGCUACAGAAGCUGAAGAUGAUAAGGGCUUAUCUCAAGGGCAUCAACAAGCCUCCCCUCAAAACAAUUCAGAGUCCUGAUGGAGAAAUAAUAGACUGCGUUCUAUCUCACCAGCAACCAGCCUUUGAUCAUCCUCUACUAAAGGGACAAAAGCCAUUGGAUCCGCCAGAGGUGCCCAAUGGGUAUGAUUCGACUGGUGUGACCGUGGAGAUUCUUCAACAGUGGAGGAUGUCAGGCGAGGUGUGCCCAGAAGGGACAAUACCGAUACGGAGGACGAGCGAAGCAGACGUGUUGAGGGCUUCUUCAGUUCAGACGUUUGGGAAGAAAGUCAAAAGUCAUGUCCUUGUAGACACUUCAGGCGUUGCUCAUGAGUAUUCGAAAGUGUAUGUGGCCGGAGAUCAAUACUAUGGAGCCCAAGCAACGAUAAAUCUAUGGCAACCAGUGGUGGCUGAUCCAAAUGAAUUUAGCCUCGCCCAAUUUUGGGUCAUGGCCGGCGAUGCUGGCAUUGAUCUUAACACCAUUGAAGUUGGCUGGCAGGUUUAUCCAGGAUUGUAUGGGGACAACCAGUCGAGGCUCUUCAUUUAUUGGACUGCUGAUGACUACGGAGCAACAGGAUGCUACAACUUGCAGUGCGCAGGAUUUGUCCAGACCAACAAUGGGUUUGCAAUUGGGUCACCAAUUGGCCCCCCAUCCUCCUACGGUGGUGCUCAAAUUGAUAUAACUUUGCUGGUUUGGAGGGUACCGGGGAGCGGGAAUUGGUGGCUCUUAUUGCGACCAAACAUCUUGCUCGGGUACUGGCCAUCGGUCCUGUUCACUCAUCUCACAGAGCCCGCGAGCCAGGUGCAAUUCGGCGGGGAGAUCGUGAACUUGGAACUCAUGGGCCAGCAUACGAGCACCCAGAUGGGGAGCGGGCAUUUCGCCGAAGAAAAUUACGGAAAAGCCGCCUAUUUUCAGCAAUUGCAAGUGGUGAAUGGGGACAACUACCUCGUCCCUGUGCAAAACGCCCAGACCUAUGAGGAUGACCCAAAUUGCUACGACCUCCAAGGAGGGAUCGAUCCAAAUUGGGGGACCGCUUUCUUCUAUGGGGGACCCGGAAGGUCUGAGACGUGUCCCUAA